AUGGCGAUCACAGAGGAACGGCCAAAACUCAUAGUGGGUGUUGACUUUGGAACAACCUUCAGCGGUGUUGCUUGGGGUAUGGAAGACAGUCCUGAUGAUAUUGAAGUCAUCCAGACAUGGCCAGGUGGUGGUAACAUCACCAGCCAGAAAGUCCCAACUCUGUCUUCUUACAGGGAUGGUCGCAUGAAAUGGGGUCAUCAAACUGACCAGUCGAGCCAUCCGGGCAACGAACACGGGCUCAUCCAAGGAGUCAAGCUUUUGUUGGAUGAAAGCCAGAAAUACCGCUACGCACCUGCUAGUGACUCUCAGGAAAUUAUCAAGGAGCUAAAUAAAACGCCAGUGGAGGUUGCUGGUGAUUAUCUGGAAAAAUUGGUCGCCCACGCUCGGAAAGUUUUGAAACGUCGUUUUGGAACUGCACUGCAAACCAUGGACUUGGAAUAUAUUCUGACUGUCCCCGCUGUGUGGUCUGACAAAGCCAAAGAUCUUACCAUGCAGGCAGCACACCGAGCUGGUAUAUCUUCUGCGAGUUUGAGACUGUUAUCUGAACCAGAGGCGGCUGCGGUGUGUGCGAUUCGAACAAUUCAACCGAAUACAGUCGCGGAAGGUGACUGCUUGAUUGUCUGCGAUGCCGGUGGUGGAACAGUCGACAUAAUUACCUAUCGCGUCACGCAGACGGAGCCACUCAGAGUUGAGGAAGCUACAAAGGGAACUGGUGCUGUCUGUGGCUCUGUGAUGUUGGAUGAGGGAUUCGAUGCACUUAUCAAAGACACCAUUGAGAAGGAGUCGCAUCAACCGAUCCCUCAGUCUACCGUGAGGGCUGCAAGAAAAUACUGGCAAGACUACAUCAAGCCUAGUUACACAGGUCCUCUUGAUGACGAUGACAUGUGUGAUCCAGGAUAUUGGAUCCCCGUUCCCGGGGUUUCAGGGAUCUCAAACGUCGAGCUCAGUGAGGGGCACUUGUAUCUAGAAAGCGACCAAGUGAAAGGAAUCUUCGAUCCUAUCAUUAAGCAGAUUGAGAAUCUCGUCACCAAGCAGAGAAUGAGCGUCAAGGCAGCAGGUCAUGCGACUAAGGCUAUUAUUCUGGUUGGAGGUCUUGGUGCCUCUGUGUAUCUCUUCAAGCGCCUACAGGCUGCUUCUGAUGGGAUCCAAAUCAUGCAGCCCCCAAACGCGUGGUCUGCUGUUGUUCGUGGCGCUGUUAUCCGUGGACAAGAAGGAAACCAAGUGGACAGUCGCAUUGCCCGAAACAACUAUGGAAUUACCAUGAGAGUCCCGUACGAUUCCACACAGCACCGUGCAGACAAAAACCUCCAUUGGUGUAAUUACGAGGAAAAAUGGUAUAUGCAUAAGCGUAUGAAAUGGUAUAUCCUCAAAGGGAAACCCAUAGCCGAAAGUGAGCCAAUAAGGAUGAGUUUCUAUCGUGUGGUCGGUGUUGGCAAUUCCUUGGUAUUCCAGGAUUCAUUGAUGUUUUGCCAGUCAACUACAGCCCCCGCAGAGGAGAAUUCCAGGGUCAUGGAACUGUGUGAGAUGGAGGCAGAUCUGAGCAGAAUUCCGAAAGAGCUUUUUACAAAGAAAACGAACUCUAAAGGACAACAAUUUUACCUCAUAGACUUUGACUUGGUCAUAACGCCAACUUCUGCAUCGUUGUUGUUUGACCUACAGUUUAAUGGUGUCUCCUAUGGGAGCGUGAGAUCUCGCUAUUGA